AUGUAUGUUUUAGACAAGAUGGGUUUCGGGGCUAGAUGGUUAAGAUGGAUGGAAGACUGCAUUUUUGAUAGUAGUAUGUCCGUCAUUAUCAACAGUAGCACUACUAAGGACUUCAAGGUUGAGAAAUGUUUACGACAAGGAGAUCCCUUGUUCUCUUUUUUGUUUGUGUUGGUCAUGGAGGUCCUCACGCCUUUAAUGAGAAAGUCGAUUGUCAUUGGUGAUUUUCGGGGGUUUAAGAUCAACGAAGUAGCGGAAGUGAAUAUGCUUCAAUUCACGGAUGACAGCAUCCUAUUGGUGGAAGGAGACACCGCGAGCUUGUGGACUAUGAACUCUAUUCUCAGGGGUUUUUAG